AUGUGUGACCCCGAGAUGACAAACUCCUGCAACUUUGUGGCGGCCGGGGUGCUGCAGCCGAUAAUCUUUGCUAAGAAUGAUGAAGAGGCUAAGACUGCCGAAGUCCUUCAGGCUUUCGUUGAGACCUUCGAACAGCCAAGCAAAGUUGACCGGACGUGGGUUAAAGGGGGUGUAGUCAAUCCAGGAAGUGACGGUAAUGUAUACUCAUUUACUCAACAGUCCUUUCUAGAAUCAAAAAUUGACAGUUCCGGUCCCGUACUAUACAAGCCAACUCUGAAGUUUGGUGAUAAGACAUCCAGGACUUUGGAGACCGGUUUAGUGGAGCCCAAAACUGAAGGCACGAAAAAACCUGUUUUGGGGAAGAAGCCUGGUCAAGUGAAGAAGAAAUCAAACCUGGAACUUUUCAAGGAAGAACUCAAAGUGAUCCAGGAACAGCGCCAGCAGCGGCAUCAGAGUCGUGCAUCUGCCAAUGCAGCCAAUGCCUCCCGCGAUAUCCCGAGUUCUCGGGGUCGUCUUUCUGAAUCUCACAUGUCUGAACAUGAUUUCGACGAUCCUAUGCUGGAUCCGUCCUUGGGCAGACGAGGAAUGCGAGAUCGUACGUUCAUUUCGCUGGGAGUACUAACUCUUCAUUUUGAUUAUCCUUACGAUUACGACGUCGACAGAACAACGACAAAUCUUUUUCUGGGAAACCUCUGUCCACAGAUGACCGAACAACAGCUAUGUGAAGUGUUCGGCCGAUAUGGUCCUCUAGCCAGUGUAAAAAUAAUGUGGCCUAGGACAGAAGAACAGCGUGCCGUCGCUCGUAACUGUGGAUUUGUCGCUUUCAUGAACCGAGUUGACAGCGAACGGGCUAUGGAGCGUCUUCGAGGGAAAGAACUGUUAGGCUAUGAGAUGAAAUUGGGAUGGGGUAAAAACGUACCAAUCCCAGCUUAUCCUGUGUAUAUUCCUCCUCCUCUCCUGGAACUAAUCAAACCUCCUUCGCAGAGUGGGCUGCCUUUCAAUGCCCAACCCAGAGAAUGGCUGAAAUCCGUCCGAUCGGCAUUGAAAGAACGUGCAAAACUUGUUACCGAAUCGGUUACUGAAGGCAAUUCAAACUCAUCGGUUCCCCCAAUCCCUCCGGCUGUUGAUCGAACCCCAUUCAACAUUCAUACUAUGUCUAAGGAAGCGUUAGAUAAGACGCUCUCACAGGCAAUAGUCAAGGUCGUGGUCCCAACUGACAGGUAUGUUCAGAUGGGCACAGAUUGCAUCAAUCCCCUCCAACCUCAUUUGUCUCUGCUUGCUGUGAUUCAUCGUAUGGUCGAAUUUGUUGUCCGUGAGGGUCCUCAGUUUGAGGCAGCUAUUAUGCACCGAGAGGAGAAGAACCCACAGUUCAGGUUCCUUUUUGACUUCCAGACACCGGAACACCUCUACUAUCGGUGGAAGCUAUGGUCGGUCCUGCAUUCAAAAGCCCUGGGUGAAUCAUUGACAAAGUGGAGUCCAGAUGAGUUCCGCAUGUUUGAGGGUGGACCUCUCUGGCGACCGCCUCCAAUGAACUUUUUCACAAAUGGAAUGCCGGAUUAUUUAGUGGAAGAGGAUGAAUAUCCCUAUGCCGCCAAUUACGUUCCUGCGCCUUGCCCCCAUCGAAUCUCUGAGGAGGCUCUUUACACCGAAGAGCGACUCGACAGCGACUCUGCGGCCAACUCUCGGCGCACCGGUCUCACCGAGGCCCAGCGCAAUCGUCUCACUUGCUGGAUCAAUGACUUAGAACCCAGUAAGUCACAACUGGGCGAGUUGAUGCUGUGGUGCCUGGAGCACGCUGAAUCAGCCAAUGAUAUUGCCGACUUGAUUACGGCUUCACUAAGGCCGGCUCCACAAGCCGAAUUGGCUGCAAAAGAUGGCAAGGAGAAAGCCGAAGAAAAGUCGGAGGAUCACCAGGGAACCAAACCCAUUCGUCCAGCCACUACCGUGUCUGCGCUUAUUGCCCGCCUCUUCCUCCUUUCUGACAUCCUGUACAACUCGAGUGCCAAGGUUCCUAAUGCCUCCUUCUUCCGCAAGUGCUUUGAACUCCGUCUCCCAGAAAUUUUCACCAACAUUGGUAAUUUCUACCGCGAUCUGGACAGCAAAAUGAAGUCUGAACAACUAAAGCAAAAGGUCAUGCUUUGUUUCAGAGCCUGGGAAGAGUGGACCAUCUACUCCAACGAAUUUCUCAUUCAAUUGCAAAACAUCUUCCUUGGACUUUUAAACAAUGUAAGCGCCCUUCCCCUUGCUGUCUCCUCUUCUUCGAAUGCUGUAUUCGUCCGAAUGAAUAAGGAUGAUAAUGUCUUUGAGGAGGACGAACUUGCAGGGGUGCCACUGGAUCAGGCCAACACUCCGAGCAGAGCUGCGGGUGCUGUAGCCUCGAAUGUUGAGUCCAUAGACGGGGCUCCCCUCGUGCAGUACGACGGUGACCCCCUCGAUGUUGAUGGAAGUCCGUUGGACAGUGACAAAAAUGACGAUUACGAGGGUGUUCCACUGAAUACCGUGUAA